AUGGCGUCGCGGAUGUCGAAUUCAUGCUCUCUUUCACUAAUCAUGUUUCUUGUCUUGGUCUGCUUGGCCAAACCAGUAGUUCCAGCAAUUUUCAUAUUUGGGGAUUCAACAACAGACAUUGGCACCAACAAUUAUUUGCCUGUGCAUCAAGCAAGGGCUGAUUUUCCUUUCAAUGGAAUCGAUUUUCACGGUGCAAGGUUUAGCAAUGGCUAUAACAUUGCUGAUACUAUUGCAAGGUUAUUUGGCUACCAGCGAAGCCCACCGGUAUUUUUGUCUCUUCUCUAUGACCGAGGAUCUGAAUCUCAACGGUAUAUCUUUUGGGGUGCCAACUUUGCAUCAGGAGGAGCCGGACUUCUUGACACAACAGGACUGCAAUUUAUAAAUCGCACCUCUUCUCCUCUUUCGCUAGAGCCACCAAAUCAAUGUAUCUCUAGCUUCGACAAGGCAGAAGGUGCAGCCACCAUGCCCCCAAAUCAACGUAUCUCCAGCUUUGACAAGGCAGAAGGUGCAGCCACCAUGGUGAAGUACUCUAAAGAGCCUGGUAAUUCCACCAAGUGUAAGUGUGCCAAUAUUUUUCAAUUUGGGUUUUUUGUGCUUGCUUAUGACUGGUGGACAUCUUAUUCCAUACAGCUUGCAACCCAAAGGGAUCUGACCUCAGAGUUCAUUUAA